AGGCAUCCUCCACUCCUUCAUGUUUGUCUGAGCCAGUCCAGUCUUACUCUUUCUCUCAGGCAGUCAUGUGAGAUUAGUUAGAAAUCUUGACAUACAGCUUCCUGCCAGGAGGUAGGGCUACUGCUCAAGCUGCCGGACCCGUAGUAUGUGAAUGAGCAGAGCUGUCAGUGCAUGAAACGGCUGAAUCCUGUGUGACUGCGAGGAGGGGACAGACUUUCCUCACAAGGGCGAACAUUACACUGUUGCUCUGCCUCAACAACGUUGGAGCUCCUGCCCAAUCUUAAUCAUAACUGUUUUUAAAAGCCCGAAGCUGGCGCAUUAAUUGAGACUUCACUGUGAUCCCAAGUGCUGGAGCAAUUCUGACAUUGUAGCUUGGGCAAUUUAUGGUGGAAUUAAAGAAAUGUUUGUACCUUUCCAAUCCAAGGACACAUUUCCUGAACUCAAAGAACAUUGGAAGAUUGGGAGUAAUAUGUUUGCAAUCUACUCAUCCAUCAGGAAGUGAGAUCUAAGAAGUUGUUGCGAUCAUUGGUCUAUCUCCGGGGACUCACUGAGAUCUGCUCUUCUACAUAAGCAGGUCCAGAGGUUACUCGCAGUGACUAAGGGCAUCAGCCAAUGACUGUUAAGAUGGGAAGUUUUGAACGCAUGAGGAAUGUGAUGAUAGCUUUCAGUGUCCUGAUCUCACUGAGUGGAACCGGCCUGCUUGCAAUAGCAUGCUUGUUAUUGCUUUACCCCACGGGACCUGGUGGCACACUGUCAAUCAGCAAUGCCCUCUUCAUUGGGACAAUUUACGCCGUAGCCUUAUCUGUUGUGCUGCUUGUUCUUGGAAUUCUCGGCAGUAUUGCUGCUUUCCGGGAGAGCAGAUGCCUUCUCAUGGUUUGUUUCUUGCUCAUUCUGCUGAUGUGCAUGGUGGAGCUUGCUGCUGGAAUUGUCGCGUUUCUCUUCAGAGAUCAUUUAACAAAGUUGUAUUUUGAGGAAGAGCUGAGAGGUUACUAUAUGGGAGCCAACACCACAGAUCCUUACACAAAAAGCUGCGACUCCAUCAUGAUCAGGUUUGAGUGCUGUGGGGUGAAUGGGCCACGGGAUUUCCUUUACGUCAUACAUUUCGUUGUAUUCAACCCUCACUCCAACGUGCCAGAGGCUUGUUGCAAAAGAUACGAAGCCACAAAGAAUGGAAUCAUACUCGAUGUAAAGAAAUGCAUCUCUGGUGAAGCUGAAUUUAUGAACUCUCAGGGCUGCUUCGAUGUACUUGGGCCUAAAGUGGAGAUGAUUCUUUACCUGACUGGAGGUCUGUCUAUUUGGAUCUUAAUAAUUCAGAUCUGCGUGAUGAUCUUUGCAAUCUGGCUGUUCCAACGAGCGUAGACAAGCUUCCCUGGCCCAGCUGUGCUGAGUGACACCGUGGACUGCGUUACGUGUUUGACAUUGAUGGAUACAGAUACCUGCUUUCUCCAUCUCGGGGACUGGAUCCCUGGGGUGUAGCACGGGCACUUCAACCACCUAAUUGUGAGAUUAUUAGUUGAGAGCACGAACCAAGAGGGGGCUGGACUGGGAACGUCACUGGAAGCAGUGAGCAGCCUUUCCUGGUGGCACCGAUGGAAAUGGUUUGGGAGGGGGCUGGGGAUGUGGGUAUCAUUGUGCAAUGAUUUGUAGCUGACCUAAUACGCUCACAAUAUUGAAUCUUAUAUAAUAUACAUGAGGAGAAUCAGAUCUUUCAUAACAGUUUUGAUUCUUGAUGUUUCUCUGAAUUUCUGUGAUUUGCUUUAUACUUUGUGGCUUUUGUGAUUAUGUGAAUAAUUUUUAAUUUGACAACUGU